AUGAAUUUGAACUCAAAGAACAUCGUGAACCUGUCGAUAUUCGCGUCGAUAAACGCACUGUACAUUCUGCUGUACAUUUUCAACCAAACAUUUCUGCAAGUGUCAGAUUAUAAGGAGAGUGACAAGUUGGAGAUAGUAUCGAAGGAAAUGAUCGAGAGCUGUAUCAUGUACAUAUAUGAGUUGAUAAAUGACAAAUUGACGUUAGUAAGAAAAUAUUUAUUGUGGACCAACCGAAUGGAGAAUGUGACACUAAUUAUUGUGAUUUACUCUGUGGGUAAUUUCCUCUCCUUUGUAAAUUUCAGUGUUCUUUUUUACAUGGUCACUUGGGCCAUAUUUUUAUAUAACCAUAUUAACAAUGUAUAUAUUACGAAGAUUUGCGAAUUGGCUUAUCCCUAUUAUGUUGACUUGAGGGACCAGGCCAAGUACAUGUUCGAUAACAUCCCCAAGUUGAAGCACAUAAAGAAAACCAUUUAA